AUGUCGUCGAAGAAGGUGCUGGGAGAAUCGGAUCUCAUAUUCUCUUCGGCGUCAUUCGCAUUGAAAAAUGCUUUGGGCGAAUUGAAACGGAACCAUCAAUCCGUCGGGAAACGUUUGCGGUCGAUAUAUUCUGACGCCACAUUUGUACAGAGCGUUGCAGACGCCUACAAUCUACCUCUUGUAGCGAACGAAAGGUGCGGUAGCUGGUACAUCCCACAAGAUGCAUCUGUAGGAUUCGCCCAUUCCAAGAAAGGCAGUGCCUAUUUCAAGUCCACGGAUGGGCAUUUUGGCCAGUGGUCAUUCAGCCUCCGCCGCUUGAAUUUGCAGGUACUCGAUCUGAUUGGCCAACAUGGAGGUUGCAUCAUAGUUGAUUCCACCCGCAAAGGGAAGAGCAUGCCCGAUGCACUCUCGAAAACGGUUCCGAUAUGGGCGACGACUUUGAAUCGUCUAUUGUUUCCGGAUGAGCGUGACUUCCACAGUCUACAAGUUCCAGGAAAUGUCGUUUCCGCUUCCGAGGCGCAGCAGAUUGAUCUACGUAUCGACGGCUUCCUUACUCAACUCGGAACGCUCGAGCUUGACAUUGUUGCACUGCGAGCUCAACUACAGGAGCGGCCCAUGAGAUGUGUGUGGCAGAGGCCAGGAGAUAUCACAAGCUCCGACGGGUGCGAUCGCAGCAGACACAACACAAUCGUCCUCUGCACAGCCUCAAAUUUUACCAGCACGGAAGCCUCUACUGAUCUGAAUUACAUCCAAGGCGCAGCGGAUGACCACGAGACAUGGAGUCUCGGGCUUGAUGCUGCAAGUUUCUGGACUCAUUGUGAACGCUUCUUGAAUAGUGCCGAGCAAGAUCUUCCGGAGCUCGUAGCCACUGUGAUGGCAGAAUCGCCUCACAGCCGUGUGGUCAACCCGCCAGUAUUGAUCAAGCCUACAAAGAUGCUGUGGCUUGGUGACGAAGCCUCCGCUGAUGUUCACGCCUCUGACUUUGAUCUCGUCAUUUCGUGCACCAUGAGCCCACAAGACGCCUUAGCGAAGCAAUUCAAGAAACGAUACUUGUGUCUCCCGUGCACGACAGGCAAACUUGGGAGCCGUCAACUCCGUACCGAGCUAUCUAGAAUUGAGGAACUAUCUGAGCUGGGAAAUUUCAAGAUAGAGCCAUCGCCUCAGAAAAUUCUGGUCACUUGUCCCAGCGGCACGGAUCUGGCGGUUGGAAUAGCUUUGGCCAUUGUGUGUCGUUUCGGGACGGAGACGGGCUCCCUCGAUCUUAAUCAGGCAGCACCGCGCAUCAACAAAGAUAUAAUCAAACAUCGUUUGAGUUGGAUAAUGAUCUCGGCGCCACACGUCAAACCAAGCAGAGCUACCCUGCAAAGCGUUAAUGCAUUUCUGAUGAGCGAUUAA